GCUUCGUAUGUGUACCGUGCAGCAGUGGGUGGAUGAGCAAAGUCGUUAAAUGGACUGGAUGCGAUGUUUCUUCCGUAAUAUCGGAGAAAACUGAAUAAAUUAUUUAAGAAAUUAAUCAAAAUUGUAUAAUAACUUACGUAUUUAUAAAAUGGAAACAAAUUUCAAAGAAUUAAGAAAAAAACAUAGAGAAAAUAUCAAAUCAUCCGAAAUGCAAUUUUUAUAAUGUAGAUGUUAAUAUUCAGUGUUUGAAUGUAUUUUCUUAUAGAAAGAAUAAUGCUAUAAUCAUCUAAUUACUUUCUGAAGCAAAACAUGGGAACUGAAUUUCAUUUUGAUACAAGAAUUAGACGAUGCUACGUUCCUUUAAUUACACAGCAACAUCGUUUACAUCACUUGCAUAAUAUUUCUUUGAGAAAUCUUUCACUACCCUCUCAUACAGCUGACUGUGAUUCAAAAACUGGGCUACAUUUUACUCUACAUGAUAAUUGUGUAUCACCAGCAUGUUAUAAAAGUGAAGUAAUUUAUAAUUCUCAGAAUCCAUCUUGGAAGAGUUUUGAAGUAUCUAGUUUUCCAGAUAAUGUGAAUAAAACUAUAUCUUAUAUAACAGUCAAAGUUUGGUAUCAUAAGAAUGGUGAAGUCUUCUGUUUAACUGAAUGGACUGUGCAUUUCAGUGGUUUAUCAUAUAUUGGGGAACAAAUUCCCAAAGAAGGGAAAAACUUUAAAUCAAAUACAUUACUGUUUGGAAUGGUAGAAGGAUAUUAUGGGAGUAAAGAUAGUUUUCAGCAUUGGCAAGCUGAAGAAAAAUGGGAAAAUCCAGGAUAUUACAUGGAAGUAGACCCUUCUAUUGUUCAUACAUCCUAUUCAGUAAAUACUUUAAGAAGAAUCAGGACAGUCGAAAGAGCUAUCGUUCAGACCCAAGCUUCGGUACAAAGGAUUCGAGCCAAGAUUGAAGAAAGAUUAAAAAGUACAGGAAAUUUACAGCUUCUGCAGUCAGAAAUAGAAUUAUUAAAAUUGAAAAUAAGUAUGCUACGAGCAGAACUUUGUACACAAUGCAAGAGGAUCGAGAAGCUUCGGCAGCAGAAAAGAAAUCUGGAUCAGCUUGGAGAAGGAAAACGUUCAGAUUUAUUAGACAGACUUCAGCAAUUACAAAAAGAUAAGGAAAAAUUAAUAGAAAUGCAAAAAUAUCAUACCGAAUCCAGAGAGAAUCUUUUAAAAACAAAUGCAAAACUUUUAUUCCGUCAAAAACAAUUAAUAUCUGAAUUAUCCGACAUAUAUCCAAUGGUGCAAUUUCCUGACAAAAAGAGUUUUAGUAUAUGUGGUGUUUUUUUACCUGACUCUGAAGAUUUUGCAGGGAGAGAUGAAAAAAUGUUAUCUGUGGCAUUAGGAUAUGUAUGUCAUAUUAUUACAAUGAUGUCACAUUUUUUAAACUUGCCUCUUCGAUAUCCUGUACACCAUUUCGGUUCACGUUCCACUAUUAUUGACCACAUAACUGAUAAAAUAUCAAUUAAAGAGAGAGAAUUUCCCUUGUAUGCAAAAAGCAAAUCGCAGAUGCAUUUCAAGUAUGGUGUAUAUCUUUUAAAUAAAAACAUUGCGCAACUUCGACACUAUUUUAAUCUAAGCACUCAAGAUUUGAGAGCCACCCUUCCUAAUCUUCACAGUCUUAUUGAACUUAAAUUAAAUGUUCACAGCGAACAAUUGAUAGGAAUACCAGCAUCCCUGCUGUACUUGCCCCCUUCGAACGUUUCACUUACUUCCUCGUAUUCAGCCAGUCUGCAGACAGAUUCGGGCGUUCAGACGUUUCCUAAUGACAGUUUCGGUGUCGAGCUGUCAACAAACACCGCGAACGAAACACUGUCCGACAAGGAGAACACACACAGCCAAAUGAUGGAAGAGCUAAAAAAGGAAAUGGAGGAAAUGAUACCAAAGAAUGCAUCCGAAGAGAACAUUCCUCCAAAAUUAACCGGUGUUGACAUCAACAGUGCAAACUUGAGCUGUUCUCUGGACAAGGGCCUCAACGAUAUUAAAACUUUCAACCAAUUGCAGGCGAAGAAUUGGAACAACAACAAUAUAGAAAGCGGAAGACUAAAGAGCAAAAUCCGGACGCUAGGACAGGGCCAUUAUCACUCGAGCGUUCCCAAUCUGGCUGCUAGUAUGUCCCAUUCUUCUCUAGAAGAGGAGGCGCUCAGCUCUGGAGACGAGAAACACCACCGUCCUCCCCCUCUGGCCGUCUGGACCAUGGGGGGUUCUCGUAACAAUUCGGACGAAGAACAGGCCCAGGACAAGUCGAGCGACUUGGAAAUCGAUUCGGAAAAGUGGAAGAAGGACAUCUCCGGCCUGCACGAUAGCAGCUUCAUUCCCCAGUGUGACGACGACAGCUACGAUCGGUGCAAACAGAAGUUGUUAGAUCUAACGGAGUCGGCAUUCAGCACGGAUCUGACCACCCGAACCAGCCAAUUGGCACUGAGGACUGGAAGCUUUCAGUUGCAGAGAAACAGGACUUCGACGAGCAGCUCGCUAGAAUUGGAUUAGGUGAAUUAAUUUUACAUUUCGUAAUUUAUAGUAGGCCCCAUAUUGUGUAUAUUACAUAUACAGUCGAUCGUAUGUAUAAAAUGCAUAUCCGUGUUCAUAUUUUUAAGCUUCCGUGAAGCUACGAAACCCGGCGCUCUCGAUCUGUAGAUUUUAGAUGCCAGGAGGCGGUUUCGAUAUCAAAAAACAAAGAAUUUGGCUGGUAGAAUCCCGUGUUAAUGCGGGAAGAUCCUUGGUUAUUCCUCUUUUGAUUUGGGAAGAGCCACAAUAAAAAGGGUCUUCCCAUAUUAAAUUGGACUUCUUCUUUUUUUAAUCUUUUGGUUGUAGAUAUUUCUUGUUUAAGUUCGUUUUUGGUUCGAAUUCUCGUUCGAUCAGGACAUUUAAUUCUACUACACACUACUUUCGAUUACAUACUACUUCACAAUAGAGAAAUUCCAAGUACUUGAUUGCUUACUGUUCUCUCAAUUGGUUGUACAGUACCUACGUUCCUUGGAACCAAGCAUAAAAUUGCUAUCCAAGGAACAUACAAACAAUUGAUAGAACAGAGCAAUUACGGUUCGUAAUGUAUAACUAGAGAAGAGAUUCGAUUUUCUACUCGAGAAGAGAAAA